AUGGCCGCAAAACCAGUCUCCCCCACGCCAUUGCUGUCCGAAAAACAUUCCGGCGUCCCUGCCAGGCUCUACGACAAGGCCCAGAAGGCCAAAUCCCUGAUCUUCAACCUCGCCACCAAGGUCCAGGAUCGCCGGAAACGACCGCCCGCCAUUCCGCAGGGCAUCGAGAAGGCAAAAUUCUUCGAGGCCAUCGACGAGCUGUCCCGUCAGCUGGGCAAGGAAAACGUCGAGAUUGUCGAACAACCGCUGAAGGAUGGAUGGUAUGGAGGAUCCUGGGACCCCAACACGCACGACGCCAUGCACAUCCUCGACGAAGAAGAGUUGGUGGCGUCCGCCGUCGUCUAUCCCGGCAGCACCGAGGAAGUCCAGAAGAUCUUGGCUACGGCGAUGCGGCCCCCGGGUCCCGGAUCGGUGGUGAUCGAUCUCGGACGGCGGAUGAAUAGGAUCCUCGAUAUCAAUCCCGACGACUGCACCUGUCUGGUCGAGCCGGGCGUCACGUUCUACGCGCUGUACGAGGAGAUCCAAGCCAGAGGCCACAAGCAUCUGUGGGUCAACGUGCCCGACUUGGGCGGUGGCUCCGUGUUGGGCAACACGCUGGAUCGCGGAGUGGGAUACACUGUCUACGGAGACCACUGGGCCUGUCACUCCGGCCUCGAGGUCGUGCUUCCCACCGGCGAGGUCAUGCGAACGGGCAUGGGCGCCCUCCCGGGCAGCUCGAGCUGGCAGAUCUUUCCAUACGGGUUUGGUCCGUAUCCAGACGCUGACGAAAGAAGCGGCCUGUUCUCGCAAUCCAACUUUGGAAUCGUGACCAAACUGGGAAUGACCCUGAUGCCGAAUCCUGGUGGCUACGAGAGUUUUCUGUAUGCAUUCCCCAACGAAGCCGAUCUCGCGCCUCUGACUGAUCGACAGGUUGAAAUCAUCCGUCCGCUGCGGAUUUCCAACAUCCUCGAAAACGUCGCCCAGCUGCCACACGUCGUCCAGGCGAUCGCCCUGACGGGCAAGCCGCGGAGUGCCUUCUUCCAGGGCGAAGGCCAGAUGACGGACGAGAUGGCGCGGCAGAUCGCGCAGAAGGAGUUGAACUACGGCGACUUCACAUGGCUGUACUACGGCAUGGCGUACGGGCCGAAGGAAAUCCGGCAGUAUAAGCUGGACAUCAUCCACCGCGAGUUCAUGAAGAUCCCCGGGGCGCGGCGCAUCGACCCGGCGACACUGCCGCGGGACGACUACUUCUGGUCGCGCGACCGGAUCGCGGCGGGCAUCCCGGACCUGGAGGAGCUGCGGUGUGUGAACUGGUACCCGAACGGUGGGCACAUUGCGUUCAGCCCGGUGUCGCCGGUGCGCGGGGCGGACGCGAUGGCGCUGUGGAAGAUCGCGCGCGGGCGGGCGGCCGAGCACGGGCUGGACAUCUUCCCGGCGUUCUGCGUCGGACUGCGCGAGAUGCACCUGAUCGUGGAGGUGGUGUACGACCGCACCGACGCGGGGAUGCGCAAGCGGGCGCUGGCGUGCAUGCUGGCGAUGAUCGACGACGCGGCGGUGCAGGGCUACGGCGAGUACCGCACGCACCUGGUGCUGAUGGACCAGAUCAUGCGCACGUACAGCUGGAACGACAACAUCCUGCUGCGGUUCCACGAGCGGCUCAAGGACGCGCUGGACCCGAACGGCAUCCUGGCGCCGGGCAAGUCGGGCGUGUGGCCGGCGCGGUAUCGCGGGCGGCGCUGGGAGAUGAGCGGCGAGGACGAGCGGAGCGAGGGAGAGGGCGUGGGCGUGCAGGGGUUGACGAAGCUGUAA